AUGGCUGAAAUCAGUCAUGUUAACUCUACUCGGCAAUGCUAUGAUUUUGUUCUACCCGCGUUGUCAAGCCGUCUCAGUCCUUUCCACAGCAGGUCAUGCAUGUAUGCUGUCAAUGCCUGCUCGGUUGUCUCAGAGGAAGUCUUCUCUUUCCGGCUCCAACAAGCUAGCAACGCGGUUGUAUUGAUACCUCUUGGGCGUCUUACCCAACACCAAUGUCCUGGAUCAAUGCAGCGAAUUGGCAACGACAUUAAGUAG